AUGCGACAUUAUCAAUUAAAUAUUCCUGAAUCCCCAUGUCCUAGAACAUUUUGGUAUUCAGAAAAUAAUGGCGAUGUUAUAGGUGUAAUAAAAGUAAAUAAUUUUGAAUUAAAUAAGAAAAAUAUAAUAAAAAUUACGAUUACAAAUGAUAAUGACGCUGAGAAACCUAAAAUCAUCCCCAUACAAGAUAAGCAAAGUAUUCGUAAUGCUAUAACAGAUGGAAACCCAAUUCAUUUCAAAAUACAACUUCAUACAACAUCCAUUGUUCCAGAAGUUAGCGAAAUUAAUUCAAAUGGAUUGACAAUAUGCAGAAAUAGAAAAAUUCUUGCACCAAAUCGUUCAACAUCAACUGCUAUCUAUAAUUUGGAUUUAUCAAAUAUACAAAGUCAUUUUUUUCUGACAUUUGGUGCACCAUUCAAUACACAAUCAACUAGAAAACCACUUUUUAGUAAAGGUUUCCCUUUCAGUAAUCAUUUAUUUUCAAUACCUCAAAAUAAUCUCCAAAAUGCUAAUAAUGUUUUUCCACAAAUAAAUAGUAAUGGAUUUGAAAAUAUAUUUGAUCAAAUUAAUUCACCAAUAGCACAAACAAAUACACAAUCUCAAUCAAAAUCAAAUCAAUUUACAAUUCCGAGACCUAUACAAACAUCUCAACAAGCAAAUUUUCAAGAUUAUUUGAGUAUAGAACAAAAUAAAAACAAAUUUCAAUCAAAUACUAAUCCAUUAUAUAGCGAAUCAUCUAAUAUAUGUGGUACAAUUAAUUUAUCACGCCCCCUUAUUGUUGGUGGACAAACUUUUCAAUCAGGUUCAUGGCCAUGGUUAACAGCAUUAUUUAGAAAAUCAACAAAAUCUUUUAUAUGCGGUGGCAGUUUAAUAUCAAAAACAACUAUUUUAACAGCUGCUCAUUGUUUUGGUAAUAACGUAAAUGAAAAAGAUUAUGUUGUUGGUGUUGGAGUACAUGACUUAAAACAGAUUAGAGAAGAAGGAUCUAUAUAUUUGAAUGUUAAAAGAAUUACAUUACAUCCCGAAUUUGAAUAUUCGAGUAUAACUAGUUAUGCUGAUUUAGCAAUUGUCAUUUUAGAAACUAGUGUCGAUUAUAAUACAAAAGUACGUCCAGUUUGUUUAUGGAACGACUCUAAUUUAAAUAAUGUUAUAAAUAAAACUGGUCUUACAGCUGGCUGGGGUCUAUCAAAUCCAAAUCAUAUAGCUUCUGAUAUACCAACAAUUGUUUCUUCUCGAAUUGUAUCUGAUUUAGAUUGUUUACGAUCAAAUUCUACUUUUCUUGAAAUAAUUUCAAAUAAAACUUUUUGUGCUGGUGAUCGUAAUGGAAUUGGACCAUGUAUAGGAGAUUCUGGUAGCGGAUUAAUAAUACAAAAUAAUGGUGUAUGGUAUAUUAAAGGUAUAGUGUCUCGUGCACUUUCUCAUCCAGAUAAAAUAUGUGAUUUAAAUGAUUAUGUAGUAUAUACUGAUGUAUCAAAAUUUAUAAAUUGGAUAAAACGAUAUAUGACAGAUUGA